AUGGAUGCUAAGCUUCCUGAAAUGCCUCUCCCUCUCUCUGGAGUCUCAGCUCUGGUCCCCUCCAUUAAGAUCACUGUCAACGGCAACUCUGAUUCUGCUUCACCUAAAACCCCAAACUGCUGUGAUGAAGGGAGCUGUCCUGCUGGUGUCGAAUCGCUCACGCCUCCAGGGAGAGAGGGUGUUGGGGUGCAGACUGAGUACCUGACAAGCCUGCCGACUUGCGGCCGGGAGGCGGCGGAGAUAUGCCCCUCCGAAGCUAAGAUAGGCAGGGAACAGGUUUGGGAGAGCAGCUGCGCGUAUCGGGUGGGACCCUGGGUGGCCUUCUCGAGUGUUCCCCCAACCCCUGCAGCAACCCACUCCACCUGCGCGCUCUGGCCGUCUGGGACGCAGCGCCAGCGGGUAGAGGCCAGGUGUUGGGGACCUCAGGUCCCAGGAUCCAGGAGGCGGAGGCGCGCAAGCGGGCAUGCGCAGUGGGCGGAGGCGGCGGCGAUGGCCCGGGGAGGCGGGGGGAUCGCUGUUUAUUUGCAGCUGGGCCACCGCGGCGGCGGAGCACCGGGCGCCCGGGCGGGGACAUUGGGCGCGCGAUGCCCGAGCCAAGCAGGCCGCCGCGCGCCCGGGUCCCGGCCGGAGGGAUGCGCGCCGCGCGGGAGCGGCCGUGCGGGCGGUGCGAUGCUGGUGACCCGCGGGGACCGCGGCGGCGGGGAGCGCGCGCCCUCGCGGCGCCCGCGCUGCGGGCUGGUUCCAGCCGGGGCCGCGGCGCUGCUAGCUGGGGCCAGCUGCCUUUGCUACGGCCGCUCGCUGCGGGGCGAGUUUGUGCACGACGAUGUGUGGGCGAUCGUGAACAACCCCGACGUGCGGCCCGGGGCUCCGCUGCGCUGGGCUAUCUUCGCUAACGACUUCUGGGGCAAGGGCCUGGCGGACAGCACCAGCCACAAGUCCUAUCGGCCGCUAUGCGUGCUGUCCUUCAGGCUAAACAUAUUUCUGACUGGCAUGAACCCUUUCUACUUUCACGCGGUCAACGUCAUUCUACACUGCCUGGUGACCCUCGUGCUGAUGUAUACCUGUGAUAAGACAGUCUUCAAGAAUCGAGGACUGGCAUUCGUCACAGCUCUGCUCUUUGCAGUGCACCCGGUCCACACCGAGGCGGUGGCUGGCAUCGUGGGCAGGGCCGAUGUGCUAGCAUGCCUCCUGUUCCUGCUGGCCUUUCUCUCCUACCACAGGAGUCUGGAUCAGGACUGUGCAGGACAGUGCUUCCCCCCGACGGCUUCUCCCUUCUUCCUGUUGCUCAGUUUGUUUCUGGGGACCUGUGCCAUGCUGGUGAAGGAGACGGGCGUUACCGUGUUUGGCGUGUGCUUGGUUUAUGAUCUCUUCUCCCCCUCCCACAAGCAGGACAAGUUGUAAGUCAUUUCCAGCCUUUGCCGUCGCAUU